UUUGAGGUUAUGUUAUUAAUGAAAGUUUCAAUAGUUAUUAUUUAAUUUUUGCUACGUAAUAAAAAUGGAUAUUAGCGACAUAGAGAAUAAUAAGAACGUAUUAAAUAUAAGUAAUCCAACCGCAAUAGAGUCUGAAUCGAUUAAUAAUGACGAUUUAUUAAAUAAAUUAAGUAAUGAUCAUGAAGAAGAUGAAGAAAAUGAUGAUUGUCUCAUAAGGAACAGCACAAGUAUUCAUAAAAAACGUGUUGCAAUUAUCGAUAGUGAUGAAGAAGAACCAGCUACUUCCCAUAAUACAAAUUUUGAUAAAAAUUUGUCAAAAACGGCCCCGGAAGAUGCUGUUGAAAAUAGUUUAAAACUUUAUUCAAAGUUAUGUGACUCUGAGAGUUCUGAUGAAGAAAAUGGGAAAGAAAUGGAAUCUCCCAUUAUUCCAAUUAAGUCAAAAUUGAGUUCAAAUAGGCCUCAAAAACUUGUUGAAGAAAACCCUAAAAAGAUGACUGCAAAAGAAGCUUUGCAACAAAGACGAGAGAUUUGGUCAGAAUCUCAACGAAUGACAAGAGAAACAAAUGUUUCUUUACCUUACCAUAGACCUAAAACAAGGACAUUAAAAGAGUUUUUUGAACAAAGACCAAAAUUUUCUACUUCAGUACCUGAUGGAAGUGUCUGUGUGAAACCUGCAAUUGCUUUAAAAAUGAAUAUGCAACAAUUAGAAUUGGUUAGUAAAAAUCUUAAAGAACGUGAAAAACAAAUUGAAAGAUAUUUUAAAUCUGAAGAUGAUGAGAUAAGUGAAAAAAACAAGGUUGAUGUUGAACAAACAAAAAGUGAAGAAGAAAUAAAUAAAGAGGAUGGUGCAAAUAAUCCAGAGGAUCAAAAAAAUUUAAAUAAUGAAAAAGGAGCUGAUGAAGAUUGUGAUUUAGUUAAUAUAAAUAAUGAUAUGGUUGAGAAAUGUAUUGAAGAAAUAGGAAGUAAAAAUAUAACAUUAUUAGAAAAUAUUUUAAUCCAGCCUGCAAAAAAUGAAGAUUCUUUAAUUCAAUCACACGAAGAAAUUACUCAAAAUGUACUUGAGCCUGAAUCAAAACCAAAAAAUGUUUCAGAUAUUAUUAGAGAAAAAUAUGGAAACUUUAAACCAUCAUUAACAAAAUCAAAAGAUUUUAUAGAUCUUGAUGAGAAUGUAAAUGAGUUAAAAGAACGAUUUAUUAAACAUACAGCAAAAAAACUACCUCAUAAACACAAUGUUCACUUAGAUAUUGUAAAUGUAACAAAUGAUGAAAUUCACAAAGAAAAACUGGAAAUAACCAUUGAAGACGACACAAUUCCAAUAAUUGAGAAACCUGGUGAACGUUUAAAAAAACUUAAAGAUGAACUAGAGAUGAAAAUAGCUGAGGAGCAGACGAAAUUUUGGAAAGAACGGGCGGAGAAGAAACCAGAAAUGGAUGAAGACGAAAAAGUGAAGCAAAUUGACGAUGAUGAUGAUGAAUAUGAAGAUAUUUUAGACACAAUCGAUAAUGAUGAAGAAGAAUUUACAGAAAUUGAAGAUGAUGAAGAUGGUGGUGAGAUAAUUGGAGAUGAUGAUGAUGAGAAUGAAGAGAUGGAAGAAAAAUCGAAAAGAAAGAGUGAAUUUUUAGAAAAUGAAGCUGAAGAAAGUGAUUGUGGCGAUUGUGAUGAUGGUGAAGAAAUGGAUGUUGAUAAUGAAGAAAAUGAAGAAGAAAAUGAGAAUAAUUCGGAUGCUGAUGAUGAAGAUGAAUGCAGUAAGGAAGAUAAUAAUAAAAAGAAAAAGAGACUUAAAAGAAUUAUACAGGUUUUUGAAAAUGAUUCUGAUGAAGAAACCGAAAAUGUUCCUGCAAAUAUUAUUACAAAAAGUGAUUCUGAAAGUGUUCCUUUGGAUACAACAGAAACAAUGGAUGAUUUAAGUGCUCCAACUCCACAUCAGAAACGCAAUGAUUACACCCCUGUUAAACCAUACAUGACUCAAAGUAAAACGGAGUUGGGUUUUUUAACUCCAGUUUAUCAUCUUACAGGGUUACAAAGUUUAAAUUCAAAAUUUCUACAUGAUUCUCCCGUUUCUCCAUUUGUUUUGCCUAAAACUUCACCAUUGCGAAUGUCUCAAAGUGGGCCCCAAAAAAAGUUAUUUGCUGAUGAUAAUGCGUUAGAAUCUCAGUCAACAUUGGAUGAUCUUGAACACUUAUGUUCUGGAAAGUUUGUGACUCAAUCUCAAAAUUUAUCAACAACGAACAACACUGAAAAAAGUGUAAGAACCGAAAUUUAUGCUGAUUCUGAGAAUUCAACGCAAGAACUUCUAAAUAUUUGUUCUGGGAAAUUUACUGGAGUAACUCAGUUGGAACCAAGUGCUAAUGAUAAAGAUGAAAAUACAAAUUUAGACCCAAUUGAAAAAUUAGAAAAUGAAGAAAAAUCGGUAGAAUCUAAAAUACUCCCAAAAUGUACUAUUUACACUUCAAUAAAAACUUCGAAUGACGAAAUUAAAAAUUUUAAUGAUGUAGAUGAUGAAAAACUGAUUUUGGGUCUUCUUGAAGAAGAUGAAGAAGAACUUGAAAGUUUCAAAAAGAAAUUUGAAUCCCCACAAAACUUAAUUCGCGGAAAAAUCCUCGAUUCUGAUGAUGAAGAACAAUGUCCCACCAUCAAUAUAAAGAAAAAAGUUCGAAAUUGUAUUCAAGAUGACGACGAAGAUGAAAACAAUCAAGUAUUAGAUAAUGAGAAUAGCGAUUCAGAAGAAGAUUUAGAUAACGUUCAAAAUAAAGUUGAGGAAAUCCCAGAAAUCGAAUAUGAUUCUGAAGAAAACGAAAUUGAAAUAGAACAAAAACAAGGAAUGAAAAUAGCUGAUUUCUUUGAGAAAGAAGCUGAAUUAUCAGAGUCUGAAUGGGGAAGUGCAGAUGAGGAUGAAAAAGGAAUCGAUGAUUUAGAAUUUGAAGAGGGCGAUAAUGAUAAAUUGGAUGAGAGAAAAAUAAAGAGAGAUUUAGAAAGGAUUCAUAUGCGGCGUAUCUUAGAUGACGACAACCACGAAGUAAAAAUUCUUCAAGAACUUUUAUUAGAUGACGGUGAAAUGCACGGAAAAGGUCGAGAAAGACAAUUUAAAUGGAGAAAUAUCAAUAACGAUGAGAACGAUACACGAAAAGAUGAAGACGAUGGCGAAAUAUAUUUGGACGAUGAAAACGAAAAUGAGGAGGAGUGGAGAAAAAAACGAUAUGAAAGAGAAAUAUUUUUGAAAAAGCAACAAGAUUCUAUUAGAAUUGAAGAAACAACAUUAGAAAUACAAAGUACCAGCCAAAUAUUUAAAUUAGGAGAAGCAGCUAUUAAACGAUCACUUUCAAACACUUCAAAUAAUUCUAAUAAUACAAACCAAGAAAAAUCAAAUAGUCCUGAUUUUAAAUCAUCGUUUACUUUAACAAAUAAAAAAGGUUCAUUUUUAACUCGUUCGGAACAAGUAUUAGCUAGAGUGGCAGAAUUAACAUCAAAAACGGUAAAUCCCACGAUCGGUGGUGCAAAAAAUUCUAGAAAUUUCGUUUUCCACACCAUUGAAAUUGAGGAACAAACUGUUAAAAAAAGAAAAGCUGAUGAUGGUAAAUUAGGAACUCCUAUUUCAUUAAAAAGAUUACGUUUGAAUAAUAUUAGUCCUGCAGUUAAAAAGAAAUCAGAAAAUACGGAUAGGGUGAAAAAAUUAUUUACUAAUUGGUGA